CAGAAUGCACGAAGAAUCUCAGGAGAAGAUGACUAGUGAAAACUACGAGGAAAUGGAAAGAGAAGAAAGGUUAGAAAAAGAAGAAACAGAAGAAGAAAAAUCAGAAUCGGACCUUCUUUAUACUCUGGAAGAAGUUCCACCCUGGUAUAUGAGCAUCUUCUUUGGAUUCCAGCACUACCUGACGAUGGCCGGAGGAACCAUCGCCAUUCCCUUCGUCAUAAGCCCCUUCCUGUGCCUCGGGGAGGAAGACCCUGCCAAAGGCGCCCUUGUGUCCACUAUCUUCUUCCACUCCGGCCUCAUCACCCUUCUGCAGACCACCUUCGGCGUCAGACUCCCCAUCAUCCAGGGCGGGGACUUCGCCUACCUGGUGCCCACAAUCUCCAUCCUGACGACCUCCUUCGCGUCCUGUGAGACCCUACCGCUGGGCAACAUGACGGAGACGGCGAAGGAGGCGUUGUGGCAAGGGCGCUUCAACGAGAUCCAGGGCGCCCUCACCGUGGCUGCCGUCGUUCAGGUCCUCCUCGGAUUAACGGGUGCCAUCGGUUUUGUGUUGACCUGGAUUACACCUUUGGCCAUAGUGCCAACUGUGACCUUGGUUGGCCUCUCCCUUUUCGACGUGGCCAUCCGACAGGCGGCACAGCACUGGGGCAUCUCCAUCCUGACGAUGGUGCUGAUGGUGCUAUUCUCACAAUACCUCCGCGACGUGGCUCUUCCGGUGCCAGUGUGGAAGGGAGGCAGACGCGUUGGCACCGUUCAUUUCUUGGUCUUUAAGUGUUUUCCUGUCUUGUUAUCCAUCUUCGCCUCUUGGAUCGUCUGCAGUGUGUUGACCUCCCUCGACGUCUUCCCGGAGAGGUCACCAGCCAGGACAGACGCCACGGGGUCCCUUAUGGCGAAUUCUCCCUGGUUUAGGAUUCCUUAUCCUGGACAAUGGGGGAUGCCAAGUGUCAGUGCCGCCGGUGUAGUAGGAAUGCUGGCUGGCACUGUGGCAUCGAUUAUUGAGAGUGUCGGCGAUUACUAUGCCUGUGCGAGGAUUACAGGAGCGCCGCCCCCGCCCACCCAUGCCAUCAACCGGGGCAUUGGCAUCGAAGGGCUCGGCUGCGUGCUGGCCGGCCUCAUGGGCACCGGGAGCGGCACCUCCUCUUGCUCGCAGAACAUCGGUGCCAUCAGCAUCACAAAGGUGGGGAGCCUCCGUGUGGUCCAGUAUAGUGCCGUCAUCAUGAUCGUGUGCGGGAUGUUCGGCAAGUUCGGAAGCGACUGUAUCGUCACCGUGCACCGAAACCAGUAA